UCAGAGUAGCUGCGCUCAAUUUUAUCUGAUAUUGUGCGCUUAUUUAUCCAAAAAAAAAAUGUUUGAAUCAUAAGAAAACAAAAAACCCAUCUAUCUCGCUGCUUGUAGCAUCGGUCCAGCUGCCUGGUCUCAUUUAUUUUUUUAAUUUUAGCGGAUUCAUCCAGACUUGAGGCGAAAUGCAGCAGCCUGAGACCCAGCAGACAACUCAGCAAACAGCGACAGAAAUACUGGAUCCGACAGUUCAGUACCUGCGUCGGAGGAAAUCGGCUCUGUGGGUGACUGUGUCUCUGCUGGCUCUGUCUCUGCUGGUGCUGGCAGUGGGUCUCAUCUCUGCCACCCGCACUGACAAUGUGCCCGUGGCUGGAUAUUACCCUGGCAUCACACUGAGUUUCGGAGCGUUUCUGGGCAUUGUUGGCAUCCACCUGGUGGAAAACCGCAGACCCAUGCUCAUGGCAGCCAUCAUCUUCAUCAGUAUCGGAGUCAUCGCGUCUUUCUUCUGCGCCAUUGUGGACGGGAUCAUCGCUUCAGAGUUCAUUGACAUUAGACCCUUGCAGGAGGACAUGUGCGACUUCUAUGCCAGUGGAUCGGGCUACGCCUACGACAGCUACUACACAGAGGUGACGUGCCGUUCAUUCGACAAAGCAUGCAAGCUGAAACUGAGGAGCAACACCUGCUACUGCUGCUACCUGUACAACUGUGAGAGCACAGAGUACCACACACAGUACUAUGAGUUCACUGGUGUCAGCAGCUGCUGGGAUGUGAUCCACUUGUACCGUCUGCUGUGGGCCUCAGUGGUGCUCAACGUGAUUGGCUUGUUCCUGGGUAUUAUCACUGCUGCCAUCCUCGGAGCAUACAAGGACAUGCAGAAGCCGACUCCUCAGAUGGCUCCCAGCCCGGCACCGCCACCCCACAUCCUGUACAACCCGACCCAGCACAUGCUCACCUACGCUGGCUUCUGUCCUUCAGGACAGACUCUGCCUGCCUACCCUAACUAUCCAAUACCAGUGCAGCAUAACAACAACUACCAGGCACCUGCUACACCCCAGCUAAUCCCUGAGGGAGGCCUUACCUCCACCUCCUGCCCGUCUGAUGAGAACCAGCAGCCCUCUCAGGCUCCCACCCAACCACAACCUCAGGGAGCCAACCAAGAACCAGGAGGCUUCAUGUUGACUCCCAACGCUCCUGUCCUCUAUGGAUCCUCCUACAGCCCCUUUGAGAAACCACCUCCUUACGCCUGCUGAGGUCUCAGAGAAACAUAUGGGGCAUGUUGGAGAAAAAACAUUGAUCUGGUCAGACUGAAUGUAGCACAAGACAUUUCAUAGGUGACCUUGUAGAUGGAAAACACUCAAGUGAGCAUCACAAUUCCUGAUUUAAAUGUUAUGUAUCAUGUGUCUGAUGGAUUCAAACUGAAGUGAGACAGAUUUAUAGCUAUUUAGUGUGAUUGUAUAGACAUAAUUAAGUUAUUUCAUGUGUAUUCAUUAAACGGAAACAGUCCUGGAAACACGCGUAUUUUCUUCCGUGCUAUAAGUUAGAUACCUCUGUCACACCUACAGGUAAAUAUGAAGCUACAGCCAGCAGCUGUUAAGCCUAGCUAAGCUUAGCAUUAUGACUGGAAAAAGAGAAACAACUGGCCUGGCUCUUUCCAAACAUAACAAAAUCUGACCACCAGCAAGAAAGCGAGUAAGCGUAUUUCCCCAAUUGUCCACCUUUUCCGUCAAGCCUUAAGCUGGCCUUCAGAUGUUACAUAGGUUUAUACACUUGACUGUGAUCUGACAUUUGUUUCUGUUAAACCUUGUGCUGAUUGAAUUACAGCUGUAUUGUGUUUUUAUCUCACUAUGCUAACUACCGUACAAGCAAUUAAAAGGGCUUUCUUGAAAUGUGAACUGGAGUAAAUGAUGCUGGUGUUGCUGUUACUUUGCUUAAUCAUUUAAUGUGCACCUUAUAGUUAAUAUAGCCUACUGUAUAUAUUAUUGAUAAUGCAUGCUAACUGCUGUGAGAUAGGAGUAUAUAGCUGUUACUGCUAUGAAAUACAUUAUGUAUUAAAGAGGCACCUAUUAGAAAUCCCUACAUUCACUGAUGCAUAAAAAUAGAUGUAGAGUACAGGCUUCAGCAUUUUUCGAAAUACGCUUAUUUGUUUACCUGCCAAAAGUCAGAUGAGAAUAUCAGUACCACUUUUGUAUUUGUAUGGUAAAUAAGAAGCACCA